CGAGACCGUCUGAUUGCACCCGCGAGCACCUGUCAACUUUCUGUCCACAACGCUGCUUGUGAGAUAUACCCUGCGCAAGCCAUGUCUUCGGACACGAGAAUAUUAUACCUAGUUUACUGCGGUGUUGCAGUGGCAGUUUUGAAGGAGUUCAAUGCCGUGGUUACUGAGCCAUACAUGGAUGAGCCUUUCCAUGUACCGCAGGCAUUGGCUUACUGCAGGGGUGAAUGGUCAACUUGGGAUCCAAAAAUUACCACACCGCCCGGACUAUACCUGCUCAGCGUAUUUCUUCACCGGGUUUUUAUGUUCAAAUGCAACCUUGCUUUGCUACGUCUCACUACUACCCUUACCCUCUUCGCGCUACCGCUUGUCCUCGCGCGAUUGCUGAGGUUUCAUCAACGACGCCGUCCUCCACCAACAUUGGCACCCUCGAUCGAGGCCCUUGUUCUGUCUACCUUUCCAAUAGCGUGGUUUUUCGGUUUCCUAUAUUACACAGAGGUUCCAAGCCUUGUUUCUGUUUUGUGUACCGUAGUUGCUGCGGCGCAGAACAAACACUGGCUUGCUGGUUUGCUAGGAAUUGUGAGCUGCCUCUUCCGCCAAAACAAUGUUAUUUGGGUACUGUACGCGUAUGCAGCGAGCCAGCUCAUGCGUUUGCGAUUCAAACGCGGACACGCACUACAUGAUCCCCCCGCCAUGGGCGCUGGGCCAAGUGACUUUCUUCGAUCGAUCAUGAGUGCCCCAAAAGUACUGCUAGAGUUGCUCCCCCCGUUUGCUCCUUAUGCGGUGGUUCUCGCACUUUUUGCUGGAUUUGUGAUUUGGAAUGGUGGCAUCGUGCUCGGCGACAAAUCCAAUCACGUUCCUUCAUUUCACGUACCGCAACUGUACUACUUCAUUGCGUUUGCAACAAUGAUUGGGUGGCCUGCCGUGCUUUGUGGUGAAGGCGGCCCAGUGAAAGUUGCCGCCGAGGUCAUUUCGCGCAUGUUUGGGAGUAAAAGGAGAACGCUUCUGACGGUCAUCACAUCGAUCUUCAUGGGGAUUACUAUCCAGCGUUUCACUAUUCAUCACCCGUUCCUCCUGUCUGAUAACCGUCAUUAUACCUUCUAUAUAUGGCGUCGAGUAUUCAUGCUGCAUGCGGCAGUACCUUACCUAUUUAUCCCGGGGUACCAAGCGUGCGCCUGGGCGUGGUGGAUUCGUGUUGCCCGUGAUCAAUCUCUGUUGCAGACGUUAGUCCUGCCCGUUUUAAUUUUGCCCACAUUGCUGCCUACACCACUCCUGGAACCGCGGUACUUCCUGGUGCCAUAUAUCCUGCUCAGGACUCAGGUUGUGGAUGUGCAACCGUACGGCGUUUUUGUUGAGGGCCUUUGGUACGCGACAAUAAAUAUUGCGACGACGUAUGUGUUUUUGUACAAAGAACGAGGAGGAGUUGGGAGAUUUAUGUGGUAAUAUAGAUUAAUACAUUUGAGUGGACAGGGGGUAAUAAAUUUGGACCCACUGGUGCAAACAAAGCC